UACCAACAAUAUUUUUACAAAUCAAACUAAUUUUCACCUUUUGAAUGGGCAGGCGACAGAGAUGAAGUGUGGUGGAAUGGUAUUGGGCUGCACCUUCGACCAUCGCAUAUCAGAUGCAUACUCCUUCAACAUGUUCCUUGUCAGCUGGUCGGAGAUCUCUUCCGGCAAACAAAUCUCAACCAUCCCCUCCUUCCGCCGCUCGCUUCUCAGCCCUCGUCGUCCCGGACAUUUCGAUGCUUCAUUCAACCGAUUCUACAUCCCCUCUUCUCAGCUUCCACCGCUCACAAAAUCUUCAGAAAGCAUUAAUCGCAUUUACUACAUCACCGCGGCAAACAUCGAUCGAAUACAAGAAAUGGUAACCGAUGGGGGGCCGCGGAGGACGAAGCUGGAGGCAUUCACGGCUUAUUUGUGGAAAUUAGCAGGGCGGCAAGCAGGUAAGCAUGUAAGCCAUAUGGGAUUGGUGGUUGAUGGGCGUAAACGAUUAGGUUUGGCAAUGGAUGCUUAUUUCGGGAAUGUGUUGUCGAUUCCUUAUGCGUCGAUGGAGGUGGGGGAGAUGGAGGUGAAGGAGAUCGGCGAAGUGGUGCAUGGUGUGGUUGAGGCGGCGGCGAGGGAAGAGCAUUUCAGAGGAUUGGUGGAUUGGGUGGAGGUCAGGAGGCCGGAGGCGGCGGUGGCUAGGGUUUAUGUGGAGGAAGGGAUGUCGGUAGUGGUGUCGUCGGGAAGGGGGUUUCCGGUGGGGGAGUUGGAGUUUGGUUGGGGGAAGGCUUUGUUCGGAUCGUACCAUUUUCCAUGGAAGGGGAAUGCAGGGUAUGUGAUGCCGAUGAUGAGUGGGAGGGGAGAUGGGGAUUGGGUGGUUUAUGCACAUCUGUGCAGAGAGAUUGUGGAAAUUAUAGAAGACAACUCAGAUGGGUUUUUUGAGCCGCUUACUGUUGACUAUUUGGGGAUUAAAGGAAAUGUUAACAGAUUGGGGGAGAAGAUUAUUGGGUUUAUGUUAAAUUGAGAUAUUAUGUUUCUGUCCGGUGGUUUUAUGUCAGAUGUAAGUUGCAACUUGUGUUAUCUAUCAGUCUCAUGAAGCUUAUAACUUUGAUGUGUUUGUUUCUUUUUGGUUUGGGC